CAUCUGGGAGCAGCCCAGCAAGGACACACCACUGAGCCAGGAGCUCUGGGGCUGCAGCAGCAGCAGCAGCCAACUGCCACUUUAUAAAGCCAAGGCUCAACCCGUGCGUCCCCUCCCCAUGACGGGCUACCACUGCCCCUUCAGCUCUGCACUGCAGCCGGACGAGGAGCUGGUGGGCAGGCGGACACACACCAGGCACAUGGACCAAGGCCUGGCGGCCCCAACGCCCAGGGGCUGGGGAUUCCGCAGCAGCCGUAUGGAGCCGAUCGAGUGCCGAGAUGCAUUGGUGCAGAAUGCACUCUUCACUGGGGACCUGGAGGCGGUGCGGAAGCAUUUCACUGAGAGGGCUGCCGUCAACCUCAUCAUUGAAUCCAAGGGUGACGAGCUCCGGUGGACCAGCCGGAAACUUGGGCUGUGGUCGCUGACCUACGAGCAGGAGCUCACCACCCCGCUCCACAUCACGGCUGGGCGCGGCUACUUGGACUGCCUCAGGCACCUGCUGCUGAGGGGCGCUGCCGUGGACUUCGCACCUGGCGGCAAGACAGCUCUGCACGAGGCCUGUGCGGCUGCCAGAACGGACUGCGUGCGCCUGCUGCUCUCCUUCGGGGCUGACCCCAAGGCUGGCUCUGAGGCUGGCUACCAGCCCCUGCACCUCUGCAAGAGCCCAGCCUCCAUCCAGUGUGCGCAGCUGCUGCUGCAGUACGGUGCCAGCGUGAACAGCCAGACGGAGGAGGAAGAGGAAACAGCACUGCAUGUGGCGGCACGGUACGGCCUGGAAGAGCAUGUCCGGCUGUACCUGUGCCAUGGAGCGGGGCUGGAGGCCAAGAACGAGGAGGGUCAGACUCCUUUGAAUGCCGCCUGCACCCAGGCUCACCCACCCCAGGACAUGGAGCGCUACUAUCGCGUCUGCCAGCAGCUGGUGCAGAGCGGUGCCAACAUCAAUGCCGCGGACCGGGACCGGCAGCGCCCGCUGCACCAGGCCUGCAAGAAUGCCAACCCCCGUGUGGUGGAGCUGCUGCUGGCCCAUGGCGCCAGUGUCAACAUUAUGAGCUACAGCGGCAACACGGCCAUGCACAACAUCUUGCAGGUGGCUGCCUAUAAGCUGGGGCACCACCCAGAGCUCGUGGUGCGGGCGCUGCUCAACCACGGCUCCAUACGCAUCUGGCCCGGGGCCCUCAUCAAGGUGUUGCGCUACUGCUGCUCCUCGCCUCGCACCAUCGAGGUGCUGAUCAACAGCUACGACCGCGUGCGGGUCACCGACGAGUGGGCAGAGGCUGUCCCAGCUGAGAUCAUGCAGAAGCACCCAGAUUUCUACGAGUCACUCUUCUCCCUGGGGCAGAGGCCCCGCUCCCUGCAGCACCUGGCCCGCUGUGCACUCAGGAGCUACCUGGAGGGUCGGCUGCUGCAGGUCUUGCCUGAGCUGCACCUGCCAUCUUCCCUGCACCAGUUUCUGCUGCUCAGCUUUGAGGACAUUCUCUACUAGGGGCCUGGAGCCUGGAUUGAGCCACCUCUAAAUCCUUUUCUUUAUUUGCUUUGAAUUCUUGUGCCCUGCCUUGCCUGUGAAAGCCCUGCCCUGCCCAGCCCAGGUCAGCCUUGCCCUCCCCCCUCACAGCAGCCAAAGCCAGCCCUUCUGUGCCCAUCCCAACCAUGCCAGCCUGGCCCCUGCCAGGUCUGCCUUUUGUUCUCCCAGCUCAGACUCCCUCUGCCCACACCAACCUGGCCCAUCCCAUGCCAGCUGGCUCUAUUGUUGUAGCCUAUGAUGGGGUCCUGCCUUUCAUGGGGCCAUUGCACUGGCCCUGCUUUGUAUUAUGGAGAUUUGGGAAUAAAUCCUGGUGUUUGUAUGCCCUGGCUGGUAUGUGUCCGUCCUUGUG